UGAUUCAGCGCCUCACUCACUUACUACCUCUCUCUCUCUUUCUCUCUCUCUCUCUCUCUCUCUCUCUCCUUACACUCACAUACACGCUGCUCUUCGCCUCCUCACUGCAUCAGUCCUCUUCCUCCCUGAUCUGAGGUACCAUGCAUCCUCCUUUCUCCUCCUCCUCCUCCCUGCCACUUGUCUGCUACUGUUCCAGGGUCUCCUUAUCCAACAGAGCACUCUUGUUGCAAAGCAGUGGACCGUAAAAAAGCUGUUUGACUUGGCGGAGGACUUUUUUGAGACGGGACAAGGCUGUGUGUAUCGGGUCUGAGGACAGCUGCUGGAAAUGCUGAUGCUGCUUCUGUCUGGAUGCAGAUCUUUGCGGGACUUCUACAUGCUGUGUGACACUGCUUGAUUCCCUGCAAAGUUUCAAGAGGGCACACAUCAAUCAAGCUUAUCCUUUCCGCUCAGAGAACGCUGACUGCUUACUGUGUGUGGAGUCAAAUCACUGGAUCCCCGUCUCAACUCCUCACACACUGAUUAGAACUGCAACUCCGCUAUAUCAGAUCUUAACGUAUAACUUCAUCUUGAGAUUCUUCUUCAAAAAGAGACCACCAUUCCUGCCUUUGGCAUCCAUUUGAGAUUAAGCAACAGGCAGAUCUGGCCUGGACCUCUGACUUUGAACAUUACAAAACAACGAGGACAGAAAGUCAUAAACAAACAAUAAAGGACUGUUCAAUAUUUCAAAGAGAAGCUCUGGUAGCCUUUGAAAAACAGCCAUGCAGGUGUCCUUUGCAUGCACAGACCACGGGCUGAAGGCCCCGCGAAAUGGCGAGCACAGCAAGCAGAAUGCGACCAGUCCAAACACAGCCAGCCAGGCCCGUGCCCGCUUCCGCACCGUGGCCCUGAUCGCUCGCAGCCUGGGCUCCUUCACCCAUCGCUACCACCACAACCUUAAGGAGUCUACGGCCAAGCUCACUGGCAUGAAAUACCGGAACCUGGGAAAAUCUGGGUUGCGUGUCUCCUGUUUGGGGCUCGGCACAUGGGUAACGUUUGGAGGUCAGAUCUCUGAUGAGGUGGCAGAGCAGCUGAUGACCAUCGCCUACGAGAGUGGGGUCAACCUAUUUGACACAGCGGAGGUCUACUCUGGGGGGAAAGCAGAGAUAAUCCUGGGAAACAUCAUCAAGAAGAAGUGCUGGAGGAGAUCCAGCCUGGUGAUCACCACAAAACUGUACUGGGGUGGAAAAGCAGAGACAGAGAGAGGCCUCAACAGAAAACACAUCAUUGAAGGUUUAAGGAGCUCCCUCCAGAGGAUGCAACUUGAGUAUGUGGAUGUGGUUUUUGCAAACCGGCCAGACAGCAACACCCCCAUGGAAGAGAUAGUAAGAGCAAUGACACAUGUCAUUAACCAGGGUAUGUCCAUGUACUGGGGGACAUCCAGAUGGUCCGCAAUGGAGAUAAUGGAAGCAUACUCUGUAGCCAGACAGUUUAAUCUAAUCCCACCAGUGUGUGAGCAGGCAGAGUAUCAUUUCUUCCAGAGGGACAAAGUGGAAACCCAGCUGCCAGAGCUCUAUCAUAAGAUAGGUGUGGGUGUGGUCUCUUGGUCCCCCUUGGCGUGUGGAAUUAUCACUGGAAAGUAUGAAAACGGUGUCCCAGACUCCUCCAGAGCCUCAAUGAAGCCAUACCAGUGGUUGAGAGAGAAAAUAAUGAGUGAAGAUGGGAGAAAACAACAAGCCAAGCUAAAGGAACUGGCUCAUAUUGCAGAGAAGCUUGGAUGUACUUUACCACAACUAGCCAUAGCCUGGUGCCUGAGAAAUGAGGGCGUGAGCUCAGUGCUGCUUGGAUCCUCCAAUCCAACACAGCUAACAGAGAACCUGGGAGCCAUUCAGGUAAUUCCAAAGAUGACAGCUGGCAUCGCCACUGAAAUGGAUCAUAUACUAGGAAACCGUCCCCACAGUAAAAAGGACUAUCAUCAUUAAAAUGGACUGAUGUUUUAGUGAACUAUGCUCAAACAGCUUCUCAAAGCUCACUCCUCACAGCCAUGGCACCAUAAGUGCGUGCCCAACUCUGCUUGUGUGCGCGUAUGACUGUAUGUGUGACUGUGUAAAGUGCUCCGCUUGGCUCCUCGUCUGUAUGAAGAUCAACCAGUACUCAUUAUUGUAGAAUGAGCUACUUGACAAAACAUGCAUGCUACAGCUAUAGCACCCGGCCACUGGACUGAACAACAGUUAAAAGAUCGAGAUGAUUUUAAUGGAGCGAAAUCUCUUUUGCUCUGACAAAUAAAAAGAACCAAAAGGAUAGAGUAAGGGGAAAAGUUUUACUGUAAGCUCAAACUGGUUGAAACCUGCAUGAGCAAGAAGAUCAUGUUCUCUUAGAUAAGGGUGUCCUUGUAUCAAGAAAAUAGAACUGAAGAGGCACUUAUGUCCAGGUAUUACAUAGGCUCCAUGCAGAAAAUACACAGAAAAAAGUGAUGUAUCAAAAUGUACCCAAUGUCCCAGGAAUCAAUCUUAUUAGUUGUUUGUGGUGUAGAAAAAAAUCCAUGACAUGUGCAAUUGGACAUGGCCUUGGCAGAUUGGGUGAUUUGCUAACAUUUCCCAUUUCCCAUUGCAGCUGGAGCUGAGCUGUCAAUGUGACGAAUCCUUUCAGUGUUGGAUGAACUGAAAUUCUGUUCACAAUGCUGUUGCUAAUACCAAGAGAGCUAAGUUAAACUAGAAUUUGUUCAAAACAUCUGUACUGACUGUUACAUAUUUUCCUUUCCCUCCUGUUGUAUUUUUUUUUCUUUUUCACUUAUGCAAAAGUACAGCACAUGUACUUCCCAAUUAGCCUAUAAGCCUUUAACCAUUUUUUUAUUUAGACUAUGCCAGCCUGUCUGUCCGUUUCAAUAAUGUCUGAUUUAUUUCAUUUUGGUCUGUGUUGUGGCUAAAAGUUUUGUCUAGUUAAAGUUGUGGAGAUUAUCCUUCUGGGGGAGCUUGUGGAUUUGCAAAUGAAGCCAUGUAGCUAAUAAAGACUGAGACUCAGUAUGAGAUAAAUCACUCCAUAUGGACCCCUGCGGUCAAUGCACCUGGAACUCAGUUAGUUCUGUUCUAGAUUACAGUCUUGCAUUGUGAGACUGUCUUUCUUGCAUUCUGUCUGUUAAAAAUGUAUUUUAGUGUUGUUCCUUAGAUUUGUAUAUGCAAAUAAAGAGCGUAUAAUUCUCAUGUGA